CUGUCGGAGUCGUUCGACCUGGACAAGCAGAAGUGGCACGACAUUGAGGUGGUGGUGGACCGGCUGGUGAUCGGGACGAGCGCGGAGCAGACGCGGGUGGCGGACUCGGUGGAGACUGCGCUGAAGAUGGCAAGCGGGACGGUGCUGGUGGAUGUGGUUGGCGGCGAGGAGCUGCUGUUCUCUGAGCAGUUCGCGUGCGUUCACUGCAAUAUCAGCAUGGGGGAGCUUGAGCCGCGCACUUUCAGCUUCAACAAUCCGCACGGGGCGUGCUCGACAUGCACGGGGCUGGGGUACAAGCUGGAGGUUGACGAGGGCCUUGUAAUUCCGAACCGCAAUCUGAGCAUCGCGGAGGGUGCGGUGCAGCCGUGGGCGCGGUCGGGCGCGAUGAGUCCGUGGUAUUACAGCCAGCUUGAGUCGCUGGCGCGGGCGUUCGAUUUUUCGCUGGAUGUGCCGGUGAAGGAUAUGGAGAAGCAGGACCUCGACAGGGUGCUGUAUGGGACGAAGCGCAAGCGUAUCGAUGUGCAGCAUCACACGCGGCGGGGCAAGACGUAUCGCUGGCGGACGGCGUUCGAGGGGGUUAUCAACAAUCUGGAGCGGCGGUACAAAGGAUACGGAGUCGGACCAUGUGCGCUCGGAGAUAGAGCGGGGCGUAAGAGGAAGUCGAAGGCGUCGCGGAAUGGGCGGGUGAAGGUUGAGCAUCCGAGUGUGCUGAGCGAUCGGGAGAAGGCGAUUGCGGGGCAGAUUCUGAAGGAGAUCGAGGCGCGGCUGACCUUUUUGCUGAAUGUCGGGCUGGACUACCUGACGCUGUCGCGGACGGCAUCGACGCUGAGCGGCGGGGAGGCGCAGCGCAUACGGCUGGCGACGCAGAUAGGGUCGGGGCUGAUGGGGGUGCUGUAUGUGUGUGACGAGCCGUCGAUUGGGCUGCAUCCGGCGGACGACUACCGGCUGAUACAGACGCUGAAGGGGCUGCGGGACCUGGGGAAUACGGUGCUUAUCGUGGAGCAUGACGAGGCGAUAAUGCGGGCGGCGGACUACAUCGUGGACCUUGGGCCGGGCGCGGGCGAGCAUGGCGGGCAUAUCGUGGCGACGGGGCCGGUGGAGGACAUCAUGGCGGCGCCGGAGUCCAUUACGGGGCAGUAUCUGAGCGGACGACGGCAGAUUCCGCUGCCGGAGGAGCGGCGUCCGGGGAACGGCGAGCGGCUGGUCAUCAGGGGGGCGGCGCAGAACAACCUGAAGGACAUAGAUGUGGAGAUUCCGCUGGGGAUGCUGGUGUGCGUGACGGGAGUGUCGGGGUCGGGGAAGAGCACGCUUAUCAACGAGAUUCUGUACAAGAAGCUGGCGCAGCAGUUCUACCGGGCGCGGGACAGGGCGGGGGCGGUGCGCGACAUCGAGGGGGUGGAGCAUAUCGACAAGGGCGGGCGCUGCGAGGCUUGCACGGGGGACGGGCAUAUCAAUAUCGAGAUGCAGUUUUUGCCGGAUGUUACGGUGCCGUGCGAGAUAUGCGAGGGGAAGCGGUAUAACCGCGAGGCGCUGGAGAUUUACUGGCGGGGCGCGAAUAUCGCGGAUGUGCUGGCGAUGACGGUCACGGAGGCGCUGGAGGCGUUCGAGAAUAUACCGCGAGUGCGGAGGCGGCUGCAAACAUUGCAGGAUGUGGGGCUGGGAUACAUACGGCUGGGGCAGCCGGCGACGCAGUUGAGCGGGGGCGAGGCGCAGCGGGUGAAAUUGGCGAAGGAGCUGUCGAAGCGGGCGACGGGGAAGACGCUGUAUAUUCUGGACGAGCCGACGACGGGGCUGUCGUUUGAGGACUGCGCGUAUUUGCUGCGGGUGCUGCAUCGGCUGGUGGAUGCGGGGAAUACGGUGGUGCUUAUCGAGCAUCACCUGGACAUGAUAAAGAACGCGGACUGGCUGAUUGACCUGGGGCCGGGCGCGGGUGACAAGGGUGGCAGCCUGAUCGCGGAGGGGACGCCGGAGGAUGUGGCGCGGAUGGCGCACUCGCAGACGGGGCAGUAUCUUGUGCGGAUGCUGGGCGUGGAGGCGGAGGGAGUGGUGAGCGCGGCGGAUUAG